AAUUGCACUCCCAAAUCGGGCGAGAUGACGUCAUGUCCCAUCGCGGGUCACAAACAAAGGUCAUCGAGCAUGCGCCAACCACCGAUCAAACAUGGCGGCUGUUUUCAAAUUUACCGGAAACUUGUUUCAGCGCAUAUAUCGCGGCAUUUAAGACCGAUAAAAGUAUCUUAUGGUAUUACAGUAUGGUGACGAGGGAAAAGUUUCUCAUUGUCGUCUCGAUUCUGGAAGGGAGAAAGUUCCCCAAACGGUCUCGCCACCAGCUACUGAUAGAGACACGCUUUGAUGGGGAGCACCUGGCCACUGACCCUGUGGCGCACACUGAAACACCUGAACUAUGUACUGAGUUAGCUUGGGAGGUUAGCAAGAAGGCCUUACACCAGCAUCGCUUGCAGCGCACCCCCAUCAAGCUGGUGUGCUUUGCCCUGGACCCGGCCACUAACGCCAAGGAGAAUGUGGGCUACGUUAUGCUGGACCUCAGGACGGCCAUAAUGCAGGAAGCCUCACCGGCUAAAGUCCCUGUGACAAGCAAGUGGUAUCCCUUGUUGAACACCAAGUACAACCGGCACAAGCCCCAGCUGAAGGUGGGCGUGUCCCUAGAGGCGGACACACAGGCCAAAGAGGACAGUUUCAGGGCAAAGGCUGCCCCUCCGAGGAGGGCCCCAGGCAUGCCGGAUGAAGACUCCUCCGAUGUGGAGAUAGACCCAAGUUUUCUCAAGCCCAUUCUGAAUGACACGGAUGGCUUUUACCAGAUCGGGCCUACUGACCAAUGCACCGAAAGUUUCGUGUUGUCUGUCACCAUUGCCUAUGCUGCAAAUCUAGCACAGCUUGUACCUUCCAACAUCCCCCUUCCGUCGAGAGACAAAGGUUUCUUCUUCUACUACUCCCUCUUUGGUAACGAUGUCACCAACGAGCCGUUCCACGACCUGCUGAAUGCCAGCUUCCCAGCCGAGAGGGCAUCGGUCCGACUCCGCAGCAGCGUGGCAGUGCUCAGGAUGAUGCUUGCACGGGAACCGGCACUCACGUUGCAUCUGUGCUGCGGCGAGCAAUCCCUGGGCAGUGCCGAGAUCCCCUUGAAUUCUCUCCUGCGGCCCCACAGCGACGCCAUCAACAAACAGCCCCUCAUCCUAGAAGGGUCCUUCCGUCUUGCCCCUCCCCCACUCUCCCAGCCGGCGAUACCCCGGGGGAUGGUAGCAGCACUGCGUGCGUCGGGGUGUCUGUCGCUCUACGGAGGGAGGAGAUACCACUACAGCCCGUCCUACCAAAGGUGCCCUCCUCUCAACCCACCUCAGCCCCAUCUAGGAUUCCUCCACCUACUCCCCCUCACCUCACCCCUCCAAAGCCCCCCGGCGAUGGGCAGGGUAGACCCCCACAGCAGCCCGCCAAAGAAGGGCCCAAGUGUCUGAACUCACCAGCCGGUGGGAGUCAGGAUAGUUACACAGAGCCUACGGAUACCAGCAGGACGGAUGCCGAUGCAGGCAGUAUUCCUGAGGAGGAGGUCAAGAGAGGUGACAGGAAAGUUGAUUCCAGGCAACCAACAGCAACGACGAAUAUGCACCCAGUGCCAGAGCCCACAGCACAACCCCCGACACAACCAGUGAGAGACGACGCCUCUAUCUCCACCAGCCAACCACAUGUCAUGAUAGAUGCCC